AUGUCCCUACGUAUACUAGCGAAGAGAUCUUCCUCAAUCUGGAUGAAAACACGUAUUACACCAGCCUUGACUACUCCUAUCACUAUCAUAACUCGUUUCAACUCUACGACCACAACCACAACAUCACAUAAAGAAGAUGCCAAACCAGUUGAUCCUAAAAUUUCCAAAAUUGUACAGGAUAUCUCGCAACUGACACUUUUGGAAACUUCUAAUUUGAUUAAUGAAUUGAAAACUGUAUUGAACAUUCCAGAAAUAUCCAUGCCUAUGGGCGGUUUCAUGGCAAGUGCUACAGGUGCAGGUGCAGGAAAUGUACCAGGCUCUGCUGGUGAAGCUGGUUCCGGUGCUGAAGAGGAAGUUAAACCGGAAGCGAAAACUGUGUUUACUGUGAAGUUGGACUCGUUUGACACCAAAACCAAGGCUAAAGUCAUCAAAGAAGUCAAGGGAUUAUUGGGACUUUCACUAGUUGAAGCGAAGAAGUUUGUUGAGGCUGCUCCAAAGGUCUUGAAAGAAAAUGUUGCCAAGGAUGAUGCCGAAAAGAUCAAGAAAACCUUGGAAGAUUUGGGAGCUAAGGUUAGUUUGGAAUAG